GGACCUUGGGGCCGCUCUAGAGGCGCUCGGGUCCGAUCGGCUGCACCGCCGAUUUUAAGUAGCGUUUUUCGGAUUUGUUUCCGCGGUAUCUGCCCCGACCUCGGCGCUGCUUGGGCUCUCCCAGCCUCUCCCUAGGUCUCCUCCAAACGACCACCUCACGGAUUCCUUAUGGAUCGCAGCUCCAAGAGGAGGCAGGUGAAGCCUUUGGCAGCUUCUCUGCUAGAAGCUCUCGAUUAUGAUAGUUCAGAUGACAGUGAUUUUAAAGUUGGAGAUGCCUCAGAUUCUGAAGGGAGUGGUAAUGGAAGUGAAGAUCCUUCAAAGGACAGUGGAGAAGGUUCCUGUAGUGAUUCUGAAGAAAAUAUUUUAGAAGAAGAACUGAAUGAAGAUAUUAAAGUAAAAGAAGAACAACUUAAAAAUUCUGCAGAGGAAGAGAUACUGUCAUCAGAAAAACAGUUAAUUAAGAUGGAAAAGAAGGAAGAAGAAGAGAAUGGAGAAAGACCUAGAAAGAAAAAAGAGAAAGAAAAAGACAAGGAAAAAGAGAAGGAGAAAGAAAAAGAGAAAGAGAAGGAGAGAGAGGAUAAAGAAAAAGCAACAGUAUCUGAUACUGUGGCUGCUUCUGCUGCUUCCACCACACCAGCCACAAGUCCUCCUGCUGUUAACAUAUCUCCAUCAGUCCCCACUACAACAACAACUUCAGAGGAACAAGUCACUGAGCCAAAAAAGUGGAACCUUCGUCGAAAUCGACCACUUUUGGAUUUUGUAUCCAUGGAAGAGCUGAAUGAUAUGGAUGACUAUGACAGUGAAGAUGACAAUGAUUGGCGACCUACUGUAGUAAAGAGAAAGGGAAGAGCUGCAUCUCAGAAAGAAGGAAGUGACGGAGACAAUGAGGAUGAUGAAGAUGAAGGAAGUGGGAGUGAUGAGGAUGACAAUGAUGAAGGCAAUGAUGAAGAUCACAGCAGCCCUGCCAGUGAAGGGGGUUGCAAGAAAAAGAAGAGUAAAGUUCUUAGCAGACACAGUGCUGAUGAUGAGGAACUGACCAAUGAUAGCCUGACACUAUCUCAGAGCAAGAGUAAUGAGGACUCGCUGAUUCUUGAGAAGAGUCAAAACUGGAGUUCUCAAAAAAUGGAUCACAUUCUGAUUUGCUGUGUUUGUCUUGGAGAUAAUAGCGAGGAUGCUGAUGAAAUAAUUCAGUGUGACAAUUGUGGCAUUACGGUCCAUGAAGGUUGCUAUGGAGUUGAUGGAGAGAGUGACUCAAUUAUGAGUUCAGCUUCUGAAAACUCCACUGAACCUUGGUUUUGUGAUGCCUGUAAAUGUGGUGUUUCCCCUAGCUGUGAACUAUGUCCCAAUCAGGAUGGAAUUUUCAAGGAAACAGAUGCUGGAAGAUGGGUUCACAUUGUCUGUGCCCUGUAUGUUCCUGGAGUAGCCUUUGGAGAUAUUGACAAAUUACGACCAGUAACACUGACAGAAAUGAACUAUUCCAAAUAUGGUGCCAAGGAAUGUAGCUUCUGUGAAGACCCUCGUUUUGCUAGAACUGGAGUUUGCAUUAGCUGUGACGCAGGGAUGUGCAGAGCCUAUUUCCAUGUGACCUGUGCCCAGAAGGAAGGUCUGCUUUCAGAGGCAGCAGCAGAAGAGGAUAUAGCAGAUCCAUUUUUUGCUUAUUGUAAGCAACAUGCAGAUAGGUUAGACAGAAAAUGGAAGAGAAAAAACUACUUGGCUCUACAAUCCUAUUGUAAAAUGUCUUUGCAAGAGAGGGAGAAGCAACUGUCACCAGAAGCACAGGCAAGAAUCAAUGCCCGGCUUCAGCAAUAUCGUGCCAAAGCAGAACUAGCUCGAUCCACUAGACCUCAGGCCUGGGUUCCGAGGGAAAAACUGCCCAGACCACUCACUAGCAGUGCUUCAGCCAUCCGUAAACUGAUGCGGAAAGCAGAGCUAAUGGGAAUCAGUACAGAUAUCUUCCCAGUGGAUAAUUCAGAUACUAGUUCUAGUGUGGAUGGAAGGAGAAAGCAUAAGCAACCUGCUCUCACUGCUGAUUUUGUGAAUUAUUACUUUGAGAGAAAUAUGCGCAUGAUUCAAAUUCAGGAAAAUAUGGCUGAACAAAAGAAUAUAAAGGAUAAAUUAGAGAAUGAACAGGAAAAACUCCAUGUGGAAUAUAAUAAGCUGUGUGAAUCUUUAGAAGAACUACAAAACCUGAAUGGAAAACUUCGAAGUGAAGGGCAAGGAAUAUGGGCCUUACUAGGCAGAAUCACAGGGCAGGUUAGUUUCUUUCCAAUUGCCAUCUCCUUCCGUUCUCAUUUUCUAUAUUAUUUUCAGAGCUCAGACUUCAGAAGGAUAAUGGAGACUCACUGUGGUCCUUUUACUAUGAAAGUAGUCUUGUUUGUGAAGGAGGUUUAUCAAAGAAGAGAUAUUUUUCAUUAUAAUUUUUAUUCUAAUCGUUUAUUUGCUGCUUUUAUUCAAAGUUGUGGAAUUUGUAAGAAGAACCAUGAUCAACAUCUUCUUUUACUGUGUGAUACCUGUAAACUCCAUUACCACCUUGGGUGCUUGGACCCUCCUCUUACAAGGAUGCCAAGAAAGACCAAAAACAGUUACUGGCAGUGUUCAGAAUGUGACCAGGCAGGAAGCAGUGACAUGGAAGCAGACAUGGCCAUGGAAACUUUACCAGAUGGCACCAAACGGUCAAGGAGGCAGAUUAAGGAACCAGUGAAAUUUGUUCCACAGGAUAUGCCUCCAGAACCCAAGAAGAUUCCAAUAAGAAACACGAGAACCAGAGGACGAAAGCGAAGCUUCAUUCCUGAGGAAGAAAAACAUGAGGAAAGAAUUCCUAGAGAGAGAAGGCAAAGGCAGUCUGUGUUACAAAAGAAGCCUAAGGCUGAAGAUUUGCGAACUGAAUGUGCAACUUGCAAGGGAACUGGAGACAAUGAAAAUCUUGUCAGGUGUGAUGAAUGCAGACUGUGCUACCAUUUUGGCUGUUUGGAUCCCCCUUUGAAAAAGUCUCCUAAACAAACAGGCUAUGGGUGGAUAUGUCAGGAGUGUGAUUCUUCAUCUUCUAAGGAAGAUGAAAAUGAAGCUGAAAGAAAAAAUAUAUCUCAGGAGCUCAGCAUGGAACAGAAAAAUCCAAAGAAAUAAAGGAUUUUCUGUAGUGUUUUGAAAACUUUGCAAUUUAUGUAGUAGCAGAUAAAAUUUCUAAUUGUAAAAUGUUAAACUGUAAAAUCUAAUUUGCAAGAUGUUCUCAAUAAAGUCACUGAAAAUGAAA